GAAGGCCAAGCCACAUAUAAUUGGCUCUUCACUGUGAUUCUUGUAUCACUUCAUGGUCAAUAUUUUACUUGCCAGCUGCAGAUACCUAUGAAUAUAUGGGCAUUGAUUACUUUUAUCGGGGAGCAUGUAGUGAUGAGCUCCUCUGACACGGGUAGAGAGUGGAUUACUCAUUAUAACCAGGCUGUCUUUGUCUCCUAAUAACACUUGCUGGUUGUAGUUAUACUGGAUAAGUUUUAGUUAUUCAGCCACGCUUGGUUUUCACAGUCAUUCCUGAAUCUGUCAAUUAGCGCCGGGAAUUCUAGUGAUUUUCUGUCAUGCUUUUAUAGAACAUGGAGGACUAUUUCGAUUCUUUUAGGGGAUGAGAAAAAUGUGACCCUUAAAAUAGGUUCUAGAUUCAGAAGAUUAAUAAAAAAGAAUUAAGGAGACUUUCACUGUGAGUGUUACCAGCCUAUGAAUGCCUAUAAAUGAUGGUCUCAGAGUGGAUUGCUUGUCUAGACAAAAGACCAUGUGACAGAACAGGGGAAGAACUCGAUCUGAUUUACUCACACCUGAAGAAUCUAAAAGCUUUUGAGAAGUUUCACCCAACCCUUCUCCAACAGAUCUGUGUCUAUGGGUACUAUGAAGACCUGGACAAAGGUGUUACAUUGUUCCGCCAAGGGGAUAUUGGGACAAACUGGUACAUUGUGAUCUCUGGAAGCCUGGAGGUUCUAGUGUCAGAGACGGGGGACCACAAGGAUGCUGUCAUUGUUAGCACACUGGUGCAGGGCACCUGCUUUGGAGAGUCCAUCUUGACCAACAAACCCAGAUAUGGCACAGUCACCACCAGAGAGUUUACCGAGCUCAUUCGUGUAGAACAGAAAGACUUUAAAAUCCUUUGGGAGGGGAGUAAGAAAUUACUUGAAGGAGUUAUCACCCCUCUGGAAAGGCUGUCCACAACAGCUAACCAGUUGCAAUAUUCGCCUGCUUUCUCCAGACCAGGAAAACGUAAAUCCUCGACAGCAGCGACACGGUAUAAUGGCCAGCCUAAUCCUGCAGCUCCCAUCACCAGUAUUCCUUCCGAAAAGCUCAAGAGAGCCGGCCAAGUUUUACGGACCGUUCUUCUGACUCGCGCUCCCCACAUGGUGAGGGACAGGAAGUACCAUUUACGUACCUAUAGGAAGUGCAUGGUGGGUACAGAGAUGGUAGAAUGGUUACUGCAGCAGAGUCCCAUUGUUCACUCCAGAAAUCAGGCUGUGGGCAUCUGGCAGGCUCUUUGUGAGGAGGGCAUCAUUGUACAUGUAUGUAGAGAGCAUCAGUUCAAGGACAAGUACCUGUUUUACCGGUUCUGUGAGGAUGACCAGGGGAUUGGGACGGUACCGACCCAGGCCCAGAAGAAGGAGUGUGAGGAGGAGCUACAGGACACACUGAUCACCCUCGCUCAGAUCGGACCAGACGCCAUGAUGAGGAUGAUCCUCCGAAAACUACCACAUGACAGGACGCUGGAUGACUUGGAGAUCAUCUAUGAGGAGUUACUUCACAUUAAGGCCUUGUCUCAUCUCUCCACAAGUGUCAAGCGGGAGCUAGCGAGUGUACUUGUCUUCGAGUCCCACGCCAAGGCAGGAACUGUGUUGUUUAACCAGGGAGAUGAAGGAAAAUCUUGGUACAUCAUUCUGAAGGGCUCGGUCAAUGUUGUUAUAUAUGGCAAGGGAGCUGUUUGUACCCUCCAUGAAGGCGAUGAUUUUGGGAAGCUGGCUUUACUGAAUGAUGCUCCUAGGGCAGCCACCAUUGUGUUGAGAGAAGACAACUGUCAUUUUCUCAGAGUGGAUAAAGAGGAUUUUAACAGGAUAUUAAGGGAUGUAGAGGCAAAUACUGUGAGAUUAAAGGAACAUGGCCAAGAUGUCUUGGUUCUUGAAAAGAUUCCUACAAAAUCACAAGCAGCAGAUGGAACUAUGCAAUCACACUACAAGUAUUCAGUUAUGGCAGGUACUCCAGAGAAGAUGCUGGAACACCUACUGGAAACCAGACUGGACAACACAAAGUCUGAGGAAACCACAGACAGCUUCCUGGAGGACUUUCUUUUAACACAUGUGAUAUUCAUGCCAACAGAAAAACUGUGUCCAGCAUUGCUUUCAUAUUAUGAUGCCAAGUCUCUAAAGACAGAAGAACAAGAUGCAGGGGACUAUGGGGUGACCCAGAAAAGGAGUGUCAUACAAUUUGUACACGAGUGGCACAAUCUGGCCAAGGACAUUUUUAAUGAAGAUGAGCAGAUCCAGGCCUUCCUACAGGAAUUACACAGUUAUGUGGAUGAAGACUGUGCUUGUUUUCCAUCCCUGGCUUCAGAACUAACAGUAUUGGAGAGCAUGAUGACAUGUAUGAAGGGUUAUCAGUAUAUAGAAAAGCCUGAAGUAGGCAAACGAAGAAUUUCUCCCAGUGUAAUGCUAACAAAGAAGAUGGCCAAUGAAUUAUAUAUAGACAGCAUCAACAAGAAAGAACCAAUCAAGGCCACAGAUGAAAAUAUAGUCAAGAUCUAUUGUGCUGACCACACAUACAGCACGCUACGUCUACCAAUGAACUCCUCCGUGUACACACUGAUAGAGCACGCUCGGGAAAAACUCGGACUGGGCUCAGAUGACCUAGUUCUUUGCGAGAUAAAGUCCUCGGGAGAUAGGGUUGUCUAUAAAGAAGAAGACCUCUGUGUUACAACAGGUCUGAGUCUAAAUGGUCUCUUAUUCAUCUCUCCAAGAAAACACCUGGAUGCUUUAACUCCCCACCCUGAACAGGAAGGACCAUCCAUAGGCACUGCCAACACCCUGGAACUUCUCAGCACAAAGGAAAUAGCAUAUCACAUGACAUUACAUGACUGGCAACUGUUUAUAUGUGUACAAGAAUAUGAAUUAAUAUAUCAAGUAUUAGGAAGAUCCAACUUUAACAAAAUUACGGCAAAUUUAGAUCUGUUUUUACGUCGAUUCAAUGAAGUGCAAUACUGGGUAGUAACAGAAAUGGUUCUCGCUCAAAAUGUGGGAAAACGAGUCCAGCUUCUGCGCAAAUUUAUCAAAGUUGCAGCACACUGUAAAGAAUUCCAGAACUUACAUUCAUUCUUUGCCAUAGUAAUGGGACUUAGUAAUAUUGCUGUUAGCAGGCUGUCACAGACAUGGGAGAAACUGCCAGGGAAGUUUAAGAAGAUGUUUGCUGACUUUGAGACCUUGAUGGACCCCUCCAGAAAUCACCGUGUAUAUAGACUGUCUGUCUCCAAGCUUACCCCACCCAUCAUUCCAUUCAUGCCAUUACUAAUGAAAGAUUUGACAUUUACCCAUGAUGGCAACAAAACCUAUUUUGAUGGAUUGGUCAAUUUUGAGAAAAUGCACAUGAUAGCUCAAACAAUGAGGAAUGUACGUAUUUGUCGAAGUCGAAGAUUAGAUCUUGAGCCCCCUACAACAGCCAAGUCGUCCACAGAGGUUCAGGAUUACAUCAGAAAUUUGCAAGUUAUAGACAAUCAACGAGUUUUAACUCAACUUUCUUAUAAACUGGAGCCUAGACGAACGUGAAGGAAUGCUCACAACAAUAGAAAACAAAACUGAAGUGCAAUUCUAUCUCAUGAUACAUACUCAAGAAAAGCAACUUAAGUGAAAUCCACAUAUUAUUAUAAAGCGUUAAUCAAGUUUGAUCUUUAAGUAUUAUUUUUACCCGGUUUCUAAUGUUGUGCAAACCAGAGUGCUAUAAAAAUGUAAAUAUUUAAAAAUAUUUUUCAUAUUGAAUGUAUAACUGAUUAAGUGUCCUGACAAUCAAAUAAAUCUAUUUUCUACUCAUGAAAAUCAAAUUAUUUUUUAGAGGUUAAUGAGAAGCUUCCAGUAUUGACACAGGUUUAUUAUGGUGUUUAUAUGGGCUUAAAGCUGCAUGGGUUUCAUUUUGCUUAUUUUUUCCAUUAGCACCAAUCAUGGUUCAAUGAAUGUACAAAUUCCUGCAUGUCUUCAAAAUAAGCAAUAAUACUGUAAAUGUAUUUUAUUUGGCGUGUAUGAUAUUUGGCGGGAAUUGAUUUUUAAACAAGUAAGCAUAGAUUUGAAUUAGUGCUUUCUGAAUGUGCUUUGUAUAAAUAUAUGAAACCAAAACAUUUAGCAUUGUACUUGAUUUGCGGAUGAUGCUUUCCGCGAAAGGCACUAAAUAGAAUACAAAGCCAUAUGUAAUACGUUUACAAUAAAUGUUACACAUGAAAAUGAGACACUGUUUUUUGAAAUUCUCUAGAUUGUUCUAUGCAUACAGUAAAACUCGUUUAUAAUGAAGUUACUGGUACCUAUGAAAUAACUUCGCUAUAUCUGUAAUUCAUAAAAUCCAUAUAAGGAAUUCGUUAAAUAUAUAUAACUGGGGAUCCUAGAUAACUAUGCCUUGAUUUUUUAAUCAAAUACAGCGCAAAUACCUUAUUAUAUCUAACCACCAACAUCAU